CUAUAUAAGCCAUAGCAAAUGAAGAGAUAAAACCCACAAAAGGUGAGGCUGAGAUAUAUAGAUAUACAGUGUGUUGGUUUUUCCUCACACUCGCACACACUUCACUAACACAACAAAAUCAUUUUCUUGAAAAAUUUCUCUGAUUUUUCUCUAAAUUUUCUUCUCUAAAUCCUUCCCCCCUCUCUGAAUCCCCCGCUUCUUUGAUCCCUUUCUGCAAAUCAUCUGCUUUUUUUGGAAAAACAGUCAGGUGUUUUCAGAAUCGAGAUCUGUUUUCUUUUAAAUUUUUUUUUUUUGUCUUUUUAGUUUUUUCUUCAUCUGAUCUGAUCUGCACGAGGGCUUAUUAGUUGUCCCUCAAAGGUUUGAUUUUUAUAACAAAAAGGGUUGUUAUUUGAAGACCCUCUUUUGAUUUUCUUGUUUUUUUUGUUGGAAUUUGAUUUUUGGUUAAAAAUGGCUACCACUAUUGAUAUGUGGAGUAGUUUAGGUGUAGAUUUUCAUUCUUCAGAGCCUUUUAAUGGCAGUGGAGAUCUCAUGGAUGCACUUGAGCCUUUUAUCAGUGCAUCUUCGUCUCCGUCUCCGUCGCCUUCUUUCUCUUCUUCUUCUUCUGAUGUGUUUUAUGGAUCUUAUGGGGGGUUUAAUGGUUAUUCGGGCUGUGGGGUUGGGCAGUCGGGCUUUAUCGGGCUUAACCCGUUGACGCCGUUACAAGUCCGUCAGAUUCAGACCCAAAUUAAUCUGCAGGCGCAACAAAUGAUGGGCUCCGCGCCGUUUCAGAGCCAGUGGCCGCAGCAGCCGCGCCGGAAUUUGAGCUUUUUGGCGCCGAGGCCGGUGCCGAUGAAGGUGGCGGCUAGCGCGCCGCCGAAGCCGACGAAGCUGUACAGAGGGGUGAGGCAGCGCCACUGGGGGAAAUGGGUGGCUGAGAUCCGUUUGCCCAAGAACCGGACCCGGCUCUGGCUGGGGACGUUUGAUACGGCUGAGGAGGCGGCGCUGGCUUACGACAAGGCGGCGUAUAAGCUCCGAGGCGAUACGGCUCGGCUCAACUUUCCUAAUCUCCGCCACAACGGCUCCCUCAUCGGCGGCGACUUCGGCGAGUACAAGCCGCUCCACUCCAACGUCGACGCCAAGCUGCAAGCCAUCUGCCAGAGCUUGGCUGAGAACAAGAGCCUCGACUCCAAGAAGUCCAAGCCGGCGGCUCCGCCGCAAAAGCCCAAGGAAGAAGCCGUGGAGGAUGACAAGAGCAGCGUGCCAGCCGAAGCCGGACCCGAAAGCUCCGGAUCGGAUUCUGGAUCGAGCGGGUCGGAUUCCGGUUCGGGCGGGUCAUCUCCCGUUUCGGAUCUAACGUUUCCGGAUUUCACGGACGAAGAGUCCACGUGGGACAUGUUCUCGGAGCUGCAAAAAUAUCCAUCUCAUGAGAUUGAUUGGGCAUCUCUAUAAUUAGUCUUUUAUUAUAUAUUUUUAGUUUUUCUUUAUUUUAAGGAAAAAAAGGAGUGGUCCAAGUCACAUGUGGUCACGUGAUGAUUGGUGUAGGGUGGGGCCGGCUGCAAGAAAUUUUUGAAAAUUGCAGGGAAGGCCUUAGCAUGUUGAUUAUUAUGGAGUCAGUCCUUGUAGUUAUUGUUAUUACUAGGAAGAUCCUCAACUGGCUAGCCAGUGGUUUUUGUCUUGGCUAGACCAGUGAAUUUUAUGUUUUUUUUUUUUGGUAGAAUUUGUGUUUAGGUUGUUGUCUAUAUUGUAUUUUAAUAUGAAUUUCGGUGUUAUAAUAAUUGUUCAGUUUGCUAUUC